GGGUAAAUACGUCAUUUCGGUUUUAAGGGAGAUCAUUAGGGUUUUCGUCUUCCAAAUACAUAAAUAGUGGAGCACAGCCAUCGUUCUUCUUCAUUGAAACCUCCUCUCGUAGGAAAGCACGCACCUUUGUCAUUCUGAGUCUUGGUUUUCUUUUUAGUGUAGAUUUUAUAAAUUGUCGUUUGAUUUUGUUUGUUUUGAAUUAGAUGUGUUGAAUUUUGGGGGCGGUGAUGAGGAACAAGUCAUGCACCACUCUGAUGAAAUCUGUGCUGAUAAAUUCUGAAUUACCCAUUCGUAUCUGAGCCCUUAUUGAAUUUCUUCGUUUUGUUUUUUGUUGAUUCGAUUUGUUUAUGAAAGAAAUUGAUGUAAAGCAUAGAGGAGGUAACCAAGUGAUGUGGAUCUUCUUUGAUUCAACCACGAUGCGGACCGCAUAGCAGUUUCUGCUUCUGGGGAUUACAUUCGGUUUCUGAUGGUCCUCCUCCCUGCUUUGAUUUUUCUUUCUGAGAGAAAAAGUCCCUAAAUUGUUGUUCGUAAUAUUGACUGACGACAUUUGUUUAAAGUUCAUAUUUUUCCGAUUUGAUUUUGUUUGGUUUCUUGUUUUUGGAUUAGCGAUCACAAAGAUCUUUUGCAGUCCAGGGCUUGAAACGUUGUGAACAACCUCUCCUUGCCUCAAAUUAUGUGUGACUGACCAUGGUAUCUAGUGUCUACUGAGUACUGAACAUUUCAAUCACACAAAGUCAAUCUAGUAUUUGUUGGAUUGAUUCAUUGGCAAAGGUCAGUCUGUUAACAUACAUAAUUUCACUUCUUAAUUAUUAACAACGGGAUUUCUUGAAGGAAAAUAUACACUCCUUUCUUAAAGGAAAACAUACGACGGUAACUUCAUAAUUAAACGUGUUUUUGUUUUUGUGAUUUUGUUUUUGUGAGAAUACUAUUGAGAUGAAUUUUUAGGAAGGUAAAGUUGUGUGCAGAUUCAAUAUAUUCAGGAGAAUUGAACAAUACAAAAUGAACAAGAUUUUAAUGUGUAUUGGGUUGAAAAUUAUAGUAUUGUAUCGAAGUCAAUUCCUUACAUUUGGGUAACCUAUUAGCCCUUUUUGAUAUCCUUAUGGAUAGAUCAUCAAGUAUUAGUAACCCUAAAUAUCUCAUUGUAACUAUGCAGUUAAACUUUUUAUGAAAACAAAACAGUGUGGGCACUAUGUAUAUAUGAUAAUUGAAUAACUCAAAACGGACAAUUUUGUUAAUAUGUAUUUGACUGAAAAUUCUAAUACAACUUAGUAUUUGCUGGAUUGAUUCAUUGGUAAAUUGGGGAAUAUCUAGAAUCAACAAUACUUAGAAUAGUAUUAUCUGUAUAGGGUGGUUGCAUUCUUAAUACAACUCUAUUUGUUAAUAUGCAAUUUUGAUGUGUUAGGAAUGCCGACAUUCUAACCACCACCCUAGUGUUCUUUUCACACUUUGUACAAACAGACUUGAUAUUGUUUUAUAUGAAAUCCCCCUGUCCUGAAAUUUCAGAUUGAAGAACAAACCCCCAUUUUUCUUGUCUACUGAGUUGACAUGGAAGAAUCCUUAUCAGCUGGUGUUGUAGGUGGAGAUAAGUACCGUUCCUUCUUACAUGGAGAAGGAGAGAAAAACACCAAAUGGAGAUUUGGUGCUGCUCCCAAUUAUGAUGUUGUCAACAAGCUUUUCGAACAAGGCAGAACUAAGAUAUGGUCAUCUGGUUCACUUGAAGAAACGGUGCAGAACCUGGUGAAGACUUAUGAAAUGGAGCUGUUCCACAAGGCAUGUCUUGAUGACUACAAAUCAGUUGACCCAAACAAGUUCACUUUAAGCCUAAAUGGAAGAAAAGCUUUUAGCUUAGCUGAAUUGCAAAAACUAGGUGGCUAUAACGCUCUGCUGCAAACUGCCAUCCCUGAAGAGUUAAGGUUGUACAAUCCUGCUGAUGAAACUGCAGAAUCAUCUCAUAAGGCUUUUACAACGACAUUCCCACGGGGAUUUGCAGUGGAGGUUCUCCAUGUUUAUUCAGGUCCGCCGGUGAUUGUAUACAAAUUCAGGCACUGGGGUUACAUGGAAGGUCCUUUCAAAGACCAUGCCCCUACCGGAGAAUUGGUGCAAUUCUACGGCAUGACCAUUUUUGAGGUGGAUGAGAAGAUGAGAGUUGUGAAGGUGGAGUUCUUUUAUGACCCGGGAGAGUUGCUUGGGCCUCUCUCAAAGGGUCCUAAAUUGGAUGCUCAAAUGGAGGCAUCUGCUGCAGCAUCAAGCUGCCCGGUCUUGAGGAACACAGGUUGAUCAAUGCAACAUUCCUUCUGUGCAUGAUCAUGUUAAAGUGUGGGGGUUUUUUUUUAUUAUUAUUUGUAAUGUUUGAAUUGGAUGUUUCAAAGAGAAAUAAAGCAUUUUCAGAUGGUUUAAGUUGUUUUUAA